AUGGCUAAGCUCAUUGUUGUUACUGGUGCGACAGGCAUGCAAGGCUCAGGCGUCAUUGAUGCCUUGUCUGCUAAUGCUGACUGGAAGAUCCGAGGUGUGACUCGGAACUUGAGCAGCGCAAAGGCUCAAGCUCUGGCCAAGCGUGGCGUCGAAAUGGUGGCAGCUGAUUUGGACGACGAAGACAGUCUGACUGCUGCCUUUGUUGGCGCGAGCGCAAUCUUCGGCGUCACAGACUUCUAUGAGCCCUUUGCCACUGGAAUCGGUCCAGAAAAGGCCAUGCAAAUCGAGUACACCCGGGGCGUGAAUAUGGCUCGUGCCGCCGCCAAGACUGCUACUCUGGAGACUUACUUUUGGAGCACAUUGCCUGCUGCAGGCCAACUAACGAAGGGCGAAGUCAAAGUACCACACUUUGAUGCUAAAGGGGACGUGGACGCAUACUUGAAGAAUAACCCGAUCUUGAACCCCAAGACCAUUUUUCUUUUAACCGGAUUCUAUGCUUCCAAUUUUGAUUACCCUCCCUUCACCCCUAUUUACUCGAAGCCAGCCGGACAGUACAUUCUCGCUGUUCCGGCCAGUUCAGAAACCUGGGUUCCCUCGCUUGGCCCCGUCACCAAUAUCGGCGUCACAGUUAGCGGCCUUCUCCAGUACCAGUAUCCUGCAACAGCAAGCGGGCCCCAGGGAGGCAGAUACGUCCAUGUCACAACUGGAAAGUACAAGAUCCAAGAGUAUUUCUCGAAGUGGGCCCAGAUUGCCGGGAAAGGAAAGCUUCAAAUACUAUCAGUCCCACUCGAGCAAUUUGAGGGGCUCUUUGGCAUAUGGGGGACCGAACUGGGCCUCAUGGUUAAGUUCUGGGAAAUUGCUGGAGCUCCAAGAAUGUGGGGAACAGUCGGCGAGGGCGAUGUCAUGAUUGAUGCCCGUGAUUUAGAGGGCGUCAAGGGGAGGUUGGUCAGCGCUGAGGAUUCCUGGAAAUUGGUGAAUUGGGACCAAUUGUAG